AACUACUUUAGCUGAUAAUGUUACUGAAAAGAUUUCAUCUUCGAUGGCUUUGGAUGAAAAAAAACCAAUAGUUGUUGCUGAAUCUACAAAUCAUACUUCUUCUUCAGUAAUUAUUUCUCGCGCGACUGGCACUGGAUCUAAAAUUCGACUUUCAGGGAAACUUGCUAGGUGGAAAUUGCAUAGAACUUCUCCGUCCACACAAAUAAAAGUUCGUAAUACGGAGAAUAAUUUACCAAAACAAAAGCUGAAAACUUUUGCAGAUUCUCAUCAAAUUAAUACUGAAGAGUCAUGA